AAAUGUGUUUGGUGUAUUUCGCGACCCUGUCGCCAUUUAAACGUCACCAUGAAAGUAUUCGCCGCUCUGUGUUUGGUCUUCGUUGCCGUUCAGGCCUUCCCCCGACCAGAUUCGGAACAUUUCACCUACGAUAAUAACAAUGGACAAGUGUCCGGCGAACAUUCGUUGACUGACGUCGAUGGUGUCACCAAAACUGAAGGGCUUCCUCAAAACUCCCCCGUUAUAGAUCCAGCACCUGUUGCUGUUCCCCUUGAUGACGUUAACGAUGGCGAUGAUGAUGAUGUGACAACUGUCACAAGAACAGGCAGCUUCCAACAAUCCAGCUCAUCAUCAAGCACUAGCACAGACGCUGAUGGUAACCAAAUCGUGUCAGGCACAUCUGAUUCCCUAUCUGGCGAGGUUAACGGACAGUCUGUCAACGAUCACGGAAAAGUGUCUGGAAACCAAGUGGUUAAUGUGAACAAAAGCAACUCUUCUCUUGAUGGCGUUAACGGUGUUAAUACCGUUAAGAACUACAAUUUGAGCGGGACAGACGCUAGUGCGGUCGACGCUGAUGGAGUGACAGACCACCAAGUUCAUGUUGACAUUGACAGGGACGUGUGAGGCGACAGAUUGGAAAAUGAUUGCAGUAUGAAAUGUACAAAUUCAGGUUUUUUGUUGCUUAGUGUAGACCAUUUUUGUAAUAGCUAGACCUACGAGUACACCAUUUAGGGACAAUAAUAUGUUUAG